CUGGCGGUGCCUUUGAUUGUCUCUGUUUAAAAAAAAAAAAAGUUUAGGAAUGGUACAAUUUUUUCCUAAUAAGCUAUAUAGGACAAAGAGGAUGCUCUUCUGUGAUUUGUUUCAAAAUAUUGACUGGCUAUUUUCAAUUCAUUACCAAUGUCCCAAAAUUAUUGCGAUUUAAGAAAACAACUGAGCAGAUUUUAUAAAAUGCAGCUUUCAUCAUUGAGAUACAAAAUAUUAACUAGCUAAUAGCAUUUAUAUUCACUAUUCAAAUGUGAGAUCGAGGCCAACGUUCUUUAUUGUAGCUGUUGAUAAUUGUCGCGCUUUGAAGUCUUCAGCCCGUUGAUUGUAGUCAAUCAAAGCCAAUGGAUGUGCGGGAGGGCGGAACUUCCUCAAUGUCACGCAGUCCGUGCAUCCAGAAUAGGUACAGUAGGCUACAGAGAGAUAUGGCAAAUAUAGGUUCUGAUAGAACGCGGACAGUUACUAAAGCAUGGAUUGCUUUAAAAAGACUUGACCUUAAUGAUGACAGAAUUACAGCCCUGCGAGAAAUCUCCAUUCAAAGAGAAUCAGCCACAGUUCGACAGACCAUUUGCGGAUCUUUUGGACUGAAUGCUGCUCAUGUGAUUUUGAAGGUCAGGAAUAGUCGUGGCUCCCUAAUUCCAUUAAAUAGCAGUAUACCAGCGAACAGCAAACACGCGCCCUAUGUGCUGGAGGUGGUGAAGAUUUUCCAACAUGUUGUUCCCAGGCCCUGCAUUAAUGACACAACCGUAAUCAAUAAAAGCAUGAAAACACGACUGCAAAGUAUUGUGAGAAGAAUUGAAAGACUGGAGGAACUUGUACCACAAAUCAAGUUAAGACGUCAUGAAAAAGUGAACCAGGAAAUCAAGCUGUUAAGCCAGAAGCUGGUAUUCCUUAAUAAAAGAAUGCAGAUGGCAGAUUCACACUGUUGGAGUGGGAUGUUCGUACGGCCACCGCUGUGGUGAAACUCCACAGUGUAAGCUACUGCAAUAAACAUGGUAAAUCACCUAGCAGUGUGGAAUCGACUACUAAUUUGAGUCUUUUGCUCGUGUUGCCCUUUGUGUUAUGAAAAUACUAAACAUUAGUUUCAUUCAUGACAUUAUUUAGGUGUUAAAUAUUCUAGUAUACUGUAUAUUUGUGUACUUUUCAGACACCUUUUUAAAGUAUUUGACAUGACUGCAGCAGUAUGUUUUCACAAUAAACCGCUUCAAUUACAAAUAGUCAGUGAAGAGUGAAUUAUUAUCAAGUGCACAUUUCAAAAGCAGAAGUAAAAACUGAGACACGAUCCCAAGGCAAAAUAAAAUAUAAUAAUAAUAUAAUAAUAUGGAAGAGCAUGGCACUGACAUUGAAGCCAUAUCUUAACUAGAUGAUCUGCUUAUUGAUCAUGUCACCAGCCAGUAUACCUUUUCAUACUGUCUGUAUAUGGUGGCAGGAGGGCUGGUGAGGGCAUCUAUACUUA